AUGCAGAGACCGUCGGACGACUCACCAACUGAGGGCCUUUCAACUGAUGUUCCAGUAUCUGGCAUCUUGAAUCAAGGACCAGAGGACCGGAAGGCAGUCACGAUGGCCUUAUUCGGGCAAGUCGAACCUUUUGAUGACACGAAGUGUGAUUGGUUAUCCUACGAGGAAAGGUUGCGAGCCUUUUUGAGAGCGAACGGAGUAGCGGACGCAAACCGAGUUGACGUGGUCAUAAGCCUCAUAGGAGCUGACACGUAUAAGUUGCUCAAGACUCUAGUAGCGCCUGAGGACCCGGCAUUGAAGAGUUUUGAAGAUGUGCUGGCCGUUUUGCGAAACCACUUGUCGCCGAGGCCGUCGGUCAUCGCAGAAAGGGCAACGUUCCAUAAGAGAGAACAACAGGAAGGGGAAUCGGUCGGAAAAUAUGUCGCCGAGCUCAAAAGAAUGACACAGACGUGCAAUUUUGGAAGUAACCUGGAAGAAACCCUCGGAGACAGAUUCGUCAGCGGUCUGAGUCGUGUUGACAUUCAGAGAGUUUUGUUUGCCGAAGAUGAGAGCCUGACAUUCAAGAAAGCUGUGGAAAAAGCGUUAACUAUUGAAAGAGCCACCAUGAAUGUGCAGGUGUGUCAUAAUAAGGCGGACAACGACCAACUCGAACUGCAGAAACUGACGGCGGUGAAACCGAAAGCGGUAGUGGGGGCUCAGGACAAAUGUUUCCGUUGUGGGUCCCCUAAGCACAUUGCCUCGUCAUGCCCGCACCGUAACGCUAUUUGUUAUCGCUGCAACCGGGAGGGUCACUUCCAACGUUUCUGUAAAGCAUCACUGGCCAAUACACCAGGCAGAGCAAAACAGUUCAGAAACUUCUCCGCUGAGGAAGAAAAGAGUGAAGCGAUAUACGGGCUUCAAGACAGAAACAUGAAUGCGCCGUUCUACUACACGCUCAAGGUCGGAAACGCUCCUCUUCAGAUGGAACUAGACACCGGUGCUGCCGUGUCUAUCAUUUCGAAACGCCAGUUCCAAUCGUUGUUUCCUCGCACAGAGCUGUCUCCGGCGUCACUAAUACUGCGCACGUACACCGGCGAGCGUGUCAAGCCAAAAGGAGUGGCGACGGUGGACGUAGAGUACCGAGACUUCAAAGGAAAACUUCCGCUUCACGUACUGGAAGAAGAUGGGCCACCUUUGAUUGGCAGAGACUGGGUCUACAAGCUCAAGUUUGACUUGGGAUCGCUAAACGCGGUCAGCGUUGAUGUAAAAGCGUCUCUCCAAGACAUCCUAAUACGCUACCAGGAUGUGUUCAAGGACGAGCUCGGAUGCAUGCGAGGGGAAGAGGCUCGGCUAAGCUUAAGGGAAGGUGCGAGUCCAAAGUUUCUGAAAGCUAGAAGUAUGCCGUUCGCCCUGAAGCCAGCUGUAGAAGAAGAGCUAAAGAGACUGGAGGUGACAGGUGUCAUUGAAGCGGUGGCCCAUAGUGACUACGCUACACCAGUUGUCCCGGUUUUGAAGAAGGAUGGGUCUGUACGCCUUUGCGGGGACUACAAAACAACGGUAAACCCUUGCCUGGACGUGGAGCAGUACCCGUUGCCAAAGUUGGAAGAUAUUCUAGCAACGGUAGCUGGGGCGACUGUUUUCUCGAAAAUAGACUUAAGUCGUGCAUACCAGCAAGUUCCGGUCCACCCUGAGUCACAACCCUAUCUGACAAUCAACACUCACAAGGGUCUCUUCCGCGUCAAGCGUUUGGCGUUUGGGAUCGCUUCAGCUCCAGCACUGUUUCAAAAGAUAAUGGACAGCUUGCUGGCGGGAAUUCAAGGAGUAACCUGCUAUCUCGACGAUAUCCUGGUAACAGGGAAGACCGCCGGGGAUCACCUGAAGAAUUUGGAGCAAGUCCUAAAGAAACUGAGUGACAAGGGCGUCCGAGUCAAGAAAGAAAAGUGUGAGUUCUUGAAGGCAAGUUUGAAGUUCCUGGGGCACCAAGUCGGCGAGCAAGGGGUAGCUGUGUUGGCAGAAAAUGUGCAAGCGAUCCUCGAUGCACCUCAACCGCAAGACUCAAAACAGUUACGGUCGUUUUUGGGAAUGGUGACAUUCUACGGAAAGUUCCUCCCAGACCUCUCGACCACAAUAGCACCGCUGAACGAGCUACUAAGAAAAGAUGUCGUCUGGACCUGGAGCAAGCGCUGUCAAGACGCUUUUAACAUGGUGAAGAGGCUUCUGGUUGACGCACCUGUCCUGGCACACUACGACCCCAAGGCAGACCUUCAGGUGUCAUGUGAUGCCUCGGCAUACGGUCUCGGAGCCGUCCUGUCCAGGGUGUACUCCAACGGCGACACACGGCCUAUCGCGUUUGCGUCGAGAACCUUGACAUCGAGUGAAAAGAACUACAGCCAACUAGAAAAGGAGGCACUGGCUAUUGUGUUUGGCGUGAAGAAAUUUCACAUCUACUUGUUUGGACGAUCCUUCGUGUUGGUCACUGAUCACGAACCGUUGCAAACCAUUCUUGGUCCAAAGACGGGAAUUCCGAGCAUUGCUGCCGCACGUCUGCAGAGAUGGGCUAUUACCCUUUCCGCCUAUCAGUACCGAUUGGUUUACCGACCGGGUCGACUCAACGUGGAGGCGGACUGCUUGUCACGACUUCCAGUUCCUGGGUUUCAGGAUGAAGACUACGAGGAUGACGUCGCGGCGUUUCUCAGUCUCCGCCUGCAGUCUUUUCCGGUAAGCAGCCAAGAGAUCGCACAAUUUACAGCAAAAGAUAAAGAGCUCUGUCAAGUGGCAAGGUUCCUUGCCGGUGCGUGGCCCGCAAAAGUAGAAGAUUGUCUGAAGCGUUACUCUGCAAGAAGAAGCGAGCUGACGUGGCACCAGAAUUGCCUUUUGUGGGGAAUGAGGGUUGUGAUCCCGAAGGGACUGCGCGAACGCCUACUGGACGAGCUGCAUGAAGGGCAUCCUGGAAUCGUAAGGACGAAAGAACUGGCACGCAGCUAUGUAUGGUGGCCGGAGGUCGAUGCGGAUAUUGAAUAUCGCGUCAGGUCGUGUGAUACCUGCCAACAGCAGCAGAGUCUUCCAGGUCCAGCCCCGCUGCAUCCGUGGUCCUGGCCAACUCGUCCGUGGCAAAGGCUGCACUUGGAUUUUGCGGGACCUUUCCAGGGCCGUCAUUUUCUGGUGAGCGUCGACUCCCACUCCAAGUGGCCCGAGGUUUUUGUGAUGAACAGCACAUCGGCCGAAGCAACUAUUGAAAAGCUGAGGGAGCUGUUUAGUCAUUUCGGUCUGCCAGAUGUUGUUGUCAGUGACAACGGCCCCCAAUUUUGUUCCCAAGAAUUUCAGAUUUUCUUGCGAGAGAACGGUGUGAGGCACGUCAGGACCGCCCCCUACCAUCCAUCAAGUAAUGGGCUGGCUGAGCGUUUCAUCCGCACCCUGAAGGAGGCCUUACGAAAAGAGAUGCCGGGCCGGCCUCUGUCCCGUCGACUAGCAAGUUUCUUGUUAGCUUACAGAAACACACCGCACGCCACAACCCUUCAGAGUCCUGCGGAGUUGCUGCUUGGGCGGCGGCUCACUACCCGUCUCGACAGACUGCGACCCUCUGCAGAGGAAACUGUUCACCGCAAGCAGGACGUGCUACAGGUGAAGCACAGUGGCAAACACCGACACUCCGUGCCGGGUGAUAAGGUGUACGUCAAGAACUUCCGGCCGCGUGAGAGGUGGUUGCACGGAGUCGUCAUGGCUAGAUCCGGACCGGUCUCCUACAGGCUUCGCGUGACCACACCGCGGGGGACCUUCGUGUGGCGGCGACACCAAGACCACCGGUUGCGGGAGAGCUCUACCCCAGAGGAGGAGGAAGGUGGUUUGCUGAUACCGAGUGUCCUGCCAUCAUCGCCAACCCCAGGGCAAGGGCGACUCGUGAACGAGCUGCCUCCAGUUGGGUCACCGGUGGUAGAGGGACAAGACAUGGGAUCAACUCCAGUCUCCGGUCGUUCCCCAGCCCGGCCGCAAGAAAUUCAGCGCCGGUAUCCCGAACGGCAACGGCGUGCGCCUAAUAGGUUUUCGCCUUGAGAAGGAAGAGAAAAAGACGAGGACUUUGUGUUUUUUUCAGAACUGUAAUUAUUUUGUAUUUAGUAUGUCUGUACUUUGUACUUUCCAGAACUUCAAUUAUUCUCGUGUUUUGUUAAAUUGUCAUAUCGUGUUACUUUGUGAGUAUUGCACUGGAACGCCGUCGAAUGGUAUUACUGUGCUGAACUAAGUGUGGGGGAGUGUUGUAUGGGUGACACAAUAAGCGGGCAACAGCUAGCGCGCGCUCGUGCGUCUCGCGCCACUGUUCCUGGGCGCCAUAUCUAUCUGAGCCAGCGCACCGUUUACACCACCCGCUGCUAUCCUGCCGCUCUCUCACGCCCGUGACUAUGUGUCGUACUCCGGUAGUCCUGCAAUAAAGAUGUGCCAGCGAAGAACCCCAUCGGCCUGUUACUCCAGAUACCACACCUUGAUAAAACUUUAGCCUACUGAAACUGUCAGCAUAGAUAUGUAGAUGUUUUUCCCCCACAUUCUGUGUGACCGAAGUUAAGAUUUUACUUCCGUUUUUCUGUUUUCAUGGCAUUUAAUAAA